AUGGCGGCGUCGAAAACCAAACCGAAGUCGGGCGGCAUGUUCGCGGGUUCCGCGUCGCUGGCCGGGAGCCGCCGAACACUCCAAGGUGGCCUGAACAGCGCUGGAGUGCCCAGUGGCUUUUUUGGACAGAAGUCGAUGCGUCUGGGUUCCAUCCGCCUCGGCUCGACGCACAACUCGACGACGGCGCUGAAGACUACACAUCAGGAGAAAACGUACGCCAUGUACCACACGUACGACGCGGCAGUCACCGAGAACGGCGGCAAACUCGAAGUCUCUCACUUGGUCAUGUUUGUUCUGCUCACAAUUACCAUCCUCGCCACGACCUCUUGUAGUUUCUAUUUUAUCUCCAGAAAAAACCUGGUGAUGGACACUGUUGACCAGCUGGAUCAAGAGGCAGCCGCGGUGCGAAACGUAACCAUGACGCUGGACAUCGCAGAGGCUGCAGCCCAAUGGUCCUACUCCCUUGACACACGCCCGUUCGCUGAAGCAGCUGUCAUCACGCCCGAACUCAUAUUUGCCGUUCAAGGGCGAUUUGUCGGCGCCGCAAAUAUGAUUCUCUCGGCGCUGGAGACUCUGCGAAACGCAGACCUCGCAGCUUCGACCUCUUCAAAAUGCGUCAGUCCAGAUCAGACGUCGCAAGGUGGCAAGCAACCGUGCCCGCUGAAAAAACUCCUUUCGCAGCUUCGGCAGAUCGACACCGGGCUGCACGAUGCAAUGAUGGCGGUUGUCCUGAAAGACCGACUGAAACUCACGGAAGUCCUGAACGAAGUCAUCGUUAACCGACUUCCUGGCGCGUGGGAGGAAGUCACGGGUCCGAUGUCUUUCCUCUUUUUCACCGCGCGUGAACACGAUAAAGUCAAAGCUGCCGUCCAAACCUACCUGUCGAAACUCGACAAACUGACGGCUGACGUGGCCAGCGAAUUGGACUGGGAAAGCCCCAUGUGGUGCGCCAGUGCCACUGCAGCCACCCUUUCCCUUACCCUCAUCGCGUUUCUCAUCGCCGUUGCCGUCUUCUCCAGGAGAUUACAGGAGGCAUUCGGGGCCUGCCAGAAAGCGUUUUUUGAGUCAGUCGAAGAACUGCGGGCGAAAAUCGACGAGAUGACCGACUUCAUGCAUGCCACCUUCGAGUUCCGCAUCACUGCCAGUCUACACGUUUUGAACGGUGUGGCGGCUCUGCUGGGUGCCUCGUCGACUUUGACGCCUUACCACCAAAAAGUUCUGAAACUGAUGGAAAAGUGCGUCGUCGAUACAGAGGCUGCGACAGUGAACGCCGUCAGUUGUCUGUGCUCGGAAAUCGAAAUUCCGCAGCUUGGCACUGAAGAGACGAACAUCCGGGCCAUCGUCGAAGACUGCUUGGAAAUAUUCGCGUCUAAAACUGAGGCUCGGGGACUCCCAGUCACAUGCACAUUCGGGGCUGGGUGCCCCUCCGUCGCUCUCGUUGACUCACAUAAAUUGCGGACGAUUUUAACGAAGGUCCUCUCCUUUGUUGUUGACCAUACUUUUGAGAAGGGCCGCGGCGUCGACGUCUUCGUCAACGCGAACGCGUCUGCAUCCCGACAAGGAGAUUCGCUAGAAGAAUUCCGAGGCUUUGACAUUCACUUCGAAGUCAGUCGUUCGCCAGUUUCUUCUCCCAUAAGCGGCGCUUUCGACAGGCCAGUCGAAGGGCUUCUCCGAGGUGCUCUUCUAUGCCUGUAG